AUGCAGCCCGUGACGUCGCGGCUUCUGGAACCUGAAGCACUGCCAGUACAAGGAGUCCUCAAGCCUCGCGGGCGCAGCUAUGAGGAACUCUGUGAGAAGGCCGUUGUGGCCCGCAGAACCCUUCGCACAACAGUCCUAGCAGCUGAGCUUCUUCAUCUGAGCAUUUGCGCAGCCCUCCUGACCUCGGAGGCGCUAGCUGCUGCAAUUGCCAACGACGGGAUGCUCUUCAGAGGGAGCCAUGGCUUUGAAGAAGCCGUGUCGAUGUCGCUGCUGGCACUGAGCCCCAUCUUGUCGGCACUCGCCACCGCGGUGUUGUGCUGUCGGGACCUGGCUGUGGAUCCGGGCCUUUCACCAGCCUUUGCGCUCCUUGCUCUUUUUGCAGCUGCUGAAGCAUGCUUCUUGGCCGUGAGCUCAGCAGGCACCGACCGUGCGAUGCAUGCGUUCGGUUGGCCUCUGGAGCUUCUAGUGGCGCUCGGUCGCAGUGGAGCUGCCCUGGCGGCUGGCAGGCCAAGAUUGGAGGCUCCGGCGCAGGAGCCCCGAGCUUCGCCAAAACCACUGGGAGUGCGGACAAAGCGAAGGCUUCCACCGACCGAGGCUUCACCCAGCUCGGAGGGUGCCAUCGCGAGCGAGGCGAAACCCAGCGUGACCAACGUGACCGAGGAGACAUUGGCGCUGCCCGUGCAGUCUUGUGCCCUUCUCGACUUCGAGGAAUUAGACUAUCAGUCAGCAAGUCCAGAGGAGUGGAAGCAGAAGGUACUGGAGCAGUUGCGGGCAACGCUUGAAUUCACAGAUGAUGCAUGCUCGAGACUUCAUCUGGACUUCAAAAAAGGUGCAGCAGGGAGCCUGCUGGCCGAAAUUCGCGCACCAGAGACAGCCUUGCAGCCUCUGCUAAAAGCCAACAAGCCCUUGGUGAUCAGUCACUGCGGUGUCGUCGCAGCAGCACUACCGACAGGCCCGGGCAGAGCACAAGAAGGUCUCCAUCACAGUCACUGCCCAGCCGCUCGUGUGGUCAUGGCGUCAGUGAGGACUUGGCAAAGGCAGCUGCACAUGGAGAUGGAAGACCUGAGGAACAAGUGCCAGCAGCGAUUUCAGGAAAUGGAGGAGCACCACACCUCUUUCAGCAACCGAUCUGAAGAGCAGCACUCGCGCCUGAAGAGCCUAGAGGCCAAGGCGCAGCUGUCAUUGUAUCGGCCUGCCCUCACUGACUCCGUCGAAGCAGCAGGGCAUCCGCGCUCAGUAGAGCAGCAUCCUGCGCCGUUCCCGAAAGCGCAGGCGGUGGAGGCUGGAGCUGAAGCUGCUGCUGCUUCCGUCGCGCGUCGCGUCACCGAACGCAUGCGACAAGACCUGGAGGCCGAGAUGGAGACCCUUCGGCACCGGUUUGCGCAGGUCGUCCGUGACGUGGAGGGUCUUCACCGGAGUGCGGCCAUAGGCCGUGCACAGGCUGCGGAGGCAUCGGCGGCUUCCCUUCGGCAACUUCUCGUGGAGGCCCUGAUCCGACCUGGUCGGCCCGACGAAGCCCAACAAUUGGCUCUCAAACUUCUGAGCCAGGCGCUGAAUGCUGCGACCUUGCUCUCGGCAGCCUCGCUCUCGCCCGAGCCGAGCAGUCCGAUCGCAGAGAUUUUCCAGAAGCACGAGAGCGCGGUGGAGACCAGGAAAAUAUGCGAAGAUAUCUUGGCAGAGCGCAUCGAACACCUGCUAGCAGAUGGCCACGGGGCACGCGAUGCUGUUGCCAGCGUACUGGCUGGCAAGAUGGAGAGCUCGGCAAGUUCAGCUCCCCUUCACAGUCAGGCUGUGUUGCCGCCACCGCCUCGUAAUACUUCAGAACCAAGGAAGCCCGGAGCGGCUUUCCGCCCGAUGAAACUGGCGGCGCUGGGACCAGACACACAACGGGCAGGCUCUGCUCGGGGAGCAGGACAUGCUUUGUACGCAGGCCAAUAUCCGCUGGAGCACGACCUGACAGCUGAAACAGCUCGGUUGGCAGACGAGUUCGACAAUGUCAACUAUGUCACUGCUUUGCACCGACUGGCGCGCUUGGGUGUUACAUCUGGAGCAGGUGAGGGGCUGUGCAGCAGGCUGGUGGAUCACCUGAAUGUUAGGAUUUUGGAGCUGCGGGUCCAGCAGCUUGCUAACACCGUGUGGUCGUCGGCACGCUUGCUGGUGUGGCGUCAGCCGACCACGUCAGCAAUCGCAGGGCGCGUUGAGAGCUGUGGCGAAGACCUCGGGCCACAGGAGUGUUCCAACUUUUCUUGGGCUUGUGGCAGGAUGGAGUGGAGAGAGGAAUCCGUGCUCGGGGCGACAGCCGGCCGAUCAGUCCAGAUAGUAGCAGAAUUCCUUCCACAGCACUUGGGCAACAUCGCGCAGAACAUCAGCGAGCCAUUGGCAAGUGCAGCUGCCGACCGAGCAUUGUUCACUAUCCCCCAUAGUGAACAGCUGAAGCCUCAGUCUGUGGCUUGUGACUUAACUAUGAUCUUGUUUUGGCACAUGUCCGUCAUCCUUUUCUGCAGACUGUACGUGCUGGAAAACAUCUGGGGCACGUUUCGAUCAUGA